AUGAAGACGACAAAUACAUAUCCAUUAAAAUUACCACAUGUACCGGCAACAAAGCGGGGCCGUCAAACUAAUCAAUUACAAUACAUGUCAAAAGUUAUAUUAAAAUUUUUGUGGAAACAUGAAUUUUCUUGGCCAUUUCAAAAACCUGUCAAUCCAGUUAAACUUCAUUUACCUAAUUAUCAUAAAAUUGUUCGAUAUCCAAUGGAUCUUGGAACAAUUAAGAAACGUCUUGAUACAAAUUAUUAUUAUAGUGUUAAAGAAUGUAUUACAGAUUUAAAUUUAAUGUUUUCAAAUUGUUACUUAUAUAAUAAACCAGGCGAAGAUGUUGUAGUGAUGGGAGCUACACUUGAAAAAAUAUUCUAUGAAAAAUUAGCCGAAAUGCCGUCAGAUGAAAUUGAAAUCGUACCUCAUACAUCAAAAUCAUCUGCAACAAAAAAUAUUACUGAUGGAAGUUUUACAGCUGCCGUUCGUUCACCAUCAACUCCAAGUGAACCUAUUAAUUCACCAUCACCAUCUCCAUCGACACGUCCUGUAAAUAAUUCUCUUUUAAAUGGUACGAAUGUAUUACCUCGCACUCUAACAUCAACGACAACAACAACAACAAAUCCUAGUGCUGUCACAUCACCAUUUUCUCCAUUAAAUACUAAUACUAAUUCAAAUCAUAUUGAUCAAAAUAGUCAAUCUAUGUCGCCAAGAUUAUCCGGCGAACAACCAUUAAUGUCUAAUACAACAUCACUUUCAAAUAUAGAUUUAUCAGUAUCAAAUUUAAAACGUAAAAGUGAUUUGGAUGAUGAUACAACAACAAAACGACCAAUUGGUCCAAUAGGAACAUCAAAACGUACUAAAUAUGAUAUUAAUUUAUCAAAUGAUCCAUCAACUAAACGAUCAAAACAUCGAAUGACGGAACAGUUAAAAUUUUGUCAACAUAUUGUCAAAGAAUUAUUACAUAAGAAAAAUCUACCAUUUGUUUGGCCAUUUGCUAAACCUGUUGAUGUCAAAAAUCUUAAUCUAUCAGAUUAUUAUCAAAUAAUUAAAAAACCAAUGGAUCUUGGUACAGUCAAGAAAAAACUUGAAAAUCGUGAAUAUGCAUCAGCCAAUGAAUUUGCUACCGAUGUACGACUUAUAUUUAGCAAUUGUUAUCUUUAUAAUGGACCUCAAACAGAUGUUGUUGCUAUGUGUAAAAAAGUUGAACAAAUGUUUGAAGAUAGAUUUUCAAAAUUACCCGAAGAUAUAUCUACAACACAUAUUGAUAUUGAUCCAUCACCGUCAAAUAUACGUAGUAAUAAUGGUUUAUUACCAACAUCAUCAUCAACAACAACAACAACAACAACCACAACAACAGCACGUAAACGUAAACGACAUUCAUCAAAACAUAAUAGUAGUGCUGGUGGACAUACAUCAUCAUUAAUAACAAGUUCAGAUGAUGGUCUAUCAAGUGAUGAUAGUUCAGAUGAUAUUGAUAAUAAUAGAGAAAAUACUUUACAACAAUUAUAUUCUCUUCAAGAACAAGUGAAAGUUAUUGGUAGUACAUUGACAUAUUUAAUACAACAAACAAGUGAUCGUAUAACAUUACGUUAUAAACGUAAAAUAAAACGAAAUCAAAUGAAAGAUGGUCCUUCAGGAGCAUUACCAUUAAUUAGUACGAUAAAUGAAUCAAAUCGUUUACCACAUUUAUCACCAACACAUUCAUCUUUAUUAUCACCGAAUAUUUUUAAUGCUGUACAAGGAACUUCAAUGAAUCCUAUGCCACAAACAGCUACACGUAAUCCUUCUACUGUAGCUAUGGCAACUAAAAAAACGACAUCUUCACUUGCAAGUUUACUUACAUCGAAUACUUCAAUUACUCCUAAUGGUACUAGUCAAUUUAAUAAUGCACCUGUAGAUCCAUAUAAUUCAGGAGAUAUAAGUCCUCCAAAACAAAUGAAAGCAACAAAAAAUACUGCGAAUAAAACAAAUGUUAAUAAAGGUACAGAACAAGCUCGUCGUGGACCCGCAGCUGGUUCAACAGGAGUUAAACGAGCACCAAAGAAAAAUACAACAACUCCUGCUUCAUCAAUGUUCGAUAUUCAAAGUGAAGAAAAUUCUAGACCAAUGACUUAUGAUGAAAAACGUCAAUUAAGUAUUGAUAUUAAUAAUUUACCAAGUGAAAAACUUGGUCCUGUUGUUGAGAUUAUUUAUAAACGAGAACCAUCAUUACGUGAUUCAAGUCGAGAUGAAAUGGAAAUUGAUUUUGAAAUACUUAAACCAUCAACAUUACGCGAAUUAGAAUCUUAUAUUAAUCAUGUUAUGAAAAGAAAACCAAAUAAACAACUGACUACAUCUGCUGCUGCUCUUGCUGGUGCCUUCGGUGGUGUACUUGCUUAUGGUAUCAGUAAAAUGGCCGGUGUUGGUGGACAAGAAGGAUGGCGUUGGAUCUUCUACCUUGAAGGCAUCCUCACAGUGAUUGUUGGAGUGCUGGCCUUCUUUCUUAUUAAUGAUUUUCCUUCUGAUCGACCGAAAUUUCUAACCGAGUCCGAAUGUAACACUAGUCCACAAAUAAAACGAGCCACUGCAUUGGCGUUUAUGAUAUCAGUUGGCAACAUUGGUGGAGCAAUUAGUGGGCAACUCUAUCGGACACAAGAUGCACCGCGAUUUAUUCUCGGUCAUGCCGUCAAUCUGGGUUUUUGUGUAUUCGGUCUAAUCAAUGUUUUGAUCCUUUUCUUUGGUUUACGGGCAGAAAAUCGACGACGCGAUCGUCUCUAUGGACCUAUACCAUCGUCAGUUGCACUUGGAAGUACGAAUUCAGCGUCAUGUGAGGCAGACAUGGAUCGGUCUGAUACAUGUGGGCUAGGCAGCGAAGAAGAUAGACGACGAUGGGGCUAUGAAAACAUGUCAGAACAAGAAAUUCGUGACUUGGGAGAUAGGCAUGCUGCCUGGCGAUAUAUUCUCUAG